AUGCGAGUGCGGACGCCUUGGAUUCAAGCUCUCAAGGAAAGGAAAGAGGCGGAGAAGAACCCCGAGUUAUCACAAGUGCAAAGCGUCAAGCCCGACUUGACUCCCAAGAAGAUGUCUGACUCCUACGUUAGCCUUGUUCUGCCGCUCUCUAAAGAUCCCUGGCUUCUCGACACCUACGCAAACUACACUGGUCAGAUUCGUACCGGUACCUUGCUCAUGGACUUGGAUGCAUUGGCUGGCGUAGUCGCGUACAAGCACACGGGUGAAGGGGUGAGCAAUGUGACCGCGGCCGUUGACAGAAUUACGAUCAAAAAUCCAAUCAGGGAGAUUUGCGACCUCGAACUGAGCGGACAAGUGACAUUUGCAACCGGGAGGAGCAGCAUGGAAGUUACUCUCCAAAUCGCCAAAGCUCCAGAACCUGGUCACCAAGUUGCGCCCGAAGACAUUUUCAUGACUUGUGCUUUCACGAUGGUGGCCCUGGAUCCGCAAACCAAGAGGCCUGUCAACAUUGCUCCGCUCCAAGUCAGCACACCAGCCGAAAAAGCGCUGUAUGCCAAGGGUGAGGAGAAUUACAGGCAUAAAAAGACCAUCAAAUCUUCAGACAUCAUGGCUAAACCCCCUGAUGCCGAAGAGUCAGCUUUGAUCCACAAGAUGUGGACGGAUUCACUCGCGUACGCGGAUUCCAGGAAUCCAAAGCAGCAGCCCGCCAACGUCCUGGCUAUGUCCAAGACCACCAUUCAUUCAACACAGAUCAUGCAACCACAAAAUAGAAACCGCCACCAUUUUAUGAUUUUUGGAGGAUAUCUGCUUAGACAGACCUUCGAGCUGGCGUUCACCUGCGCAGCAUCAUUCUCGCAUACCCGCCCUCGUUUCCUGAACCUCGAUCCCAGUACAUUCGAGGAAGCGGUGCCUGUCGGUUCUGUACUCUACGUCUCUGCUGGGGUGUCGUAUACCGAGCCCGAUCCCAAUGGUGGUACGCGUAUUCAGGUCAUGGUACGAACGCAUGUGCGCCCCGUCGAACAUCAAGACCAAGAGAGAAAGUCAACUGGUACAUUCUUCUAUACUUUUCUGACACCGGCGACCGUCAAUGUCUUGCCACAAAGCUACUCUGAGUUCAUGCGCUGGGUGGCUGGCAGGAGACGUGCUGCGAGAUUGUCCGCGACGUUGGAGUCCGACCCACACCCCAUACUGGCACAACUUCACGCAGAGAACGUAACGGAAUGA